AUGACCCUGACAAGCAAGAAGCAAGCUGCCCGGAAGGGCUAUGGUUUGCGAAUCAAGUCAACUGCUAGUAACGCUUGCGCAAGCGUGGCACUCCUGAACAUCGUCAACAAUAUAGAGGGAUUAGAUCUCGGUGAGAAUCUACAAUGUUUCAAGAAUUUUACGAUGCCAUUCACGCCAGCACUGAGGGGUGAUGCGAUCAGUAAUUUUGAAUUUGUCAAACGCAUACAUAAUUCCUUUGCGAGGAAGAUGGACAUGCUUAACUCGGACCUGCAACUUAAAACGGAGGCAACAUCUAAGCGUUCUCGGACAGGCAAAACCAGGCGUGAUGAUUAUGAAUCGGAUGCAGGAUUUCAUUUCAUUGCAUUUGUCCCCGCAUUGGGGAAGAUCUGGAAGUUUGACGGCUUGGAACGACAGCCUCAGGCUCUCGGUGCGUAUGGUGGAACCGGCUAUUCAAUACGUGCUCAUCAUGAUGCAGGAGAAUAUACGCCCGAGAUAGACUGGCUAACAUUGGUACGACCCAAUAUUCUCACCAGAAUGGCAGAAUAUGAAGAAGAUCAAAUCGAAUUCUCAAUUCUCAGUGUGGCCAAGGAUCCUUUGGUAGAAUUUGAGGAGAGAUUGGCAGCCAACGUCAAAUGCUUGGAAUUGGUCAACCAGCGCCUGGCUUCCUCAAAGGCAGAGGAAGCCAAGAAAAUCGACUCUGUACCCUCAUCCGCUGCUGCUUUGCUUGAGAAUACAAUAAUCGGACCCGAUCCCUCCUUUAAUCUGACCAGAGACCGGAUCGAUGGCGCGAUUAUCCCGCCCGAUGUGGAAAGACUCUAUGGCCAAGCUUCGCUAGAGGAAAUGAGGCGUUAUCAAUACCAGCUCGGUAGUGAGCAGCAGGAGCUUCGAGCUUCGAUGCGGGAAGAACAGCAAUCCCACCGAUCAGAUGACGACUACGCGGUCGGGCGGCGGUUCGACUACGGACCAGCGGUAAGAGCCUGGGUACGCCUUUUGGCGCGCAAGAAGCUCAUCGAAAGCCUUCGAUGA